AUGGGGCCCUUGUGGUGGGGGCUGGUAUGGUGCUGACAUGCUGGGUAUAUAUAUCCAUCCAGGGUCGCCGGGUUUGGAUGGGAUCGUCACUUCUUCCCUGUCUAUUUCCUAACUUUACAUGUUGCCUUUCCUCUCAUGCGCAGUUAAGCCAUCGAUUGCUUUUGACUUCCGCGAGUUUGCUUCGCCUAUACCUCCGAAGCAAGUUUUACCUAGCUGCAUGAACAAAGCCAUUGGGUGAUCCAACGUUCAUCCUACGAGGCAAAUAUCAAUUCUCAAGCACGCACCGGUCAUUAAGUCACGACAUAUCUUCUCAAUAAAUAUUUCGACAUGCAUCCCACUCUUUUUCUCAGUGCCAGCCUGGCAACGAGCUCCAUUGCCGCACCAACGCUCCUACGCGGGCUAACGAAUGUCCUGAGCACACUCACUGAACCAAUUCAAGAUAUAAAGCAACUACUCGACACAUCAACUACAUGCGAUACAUCCCGAAUCUCGCUACCAACAUCAGGAUCCGAUCUGCCCGUUCCUGAUGGCCAGACGCCCAUUUAUGUUGCAGUCGGACGUGGUACACAGAACUAUAGCUGCUCAACAUCUACCUCCGACUCGACCCCCGAAGCCAUAGGAGCCGUGGCAAACCUCUACAAUGUUACUUGCAUCGCAGCAAGUGACCCGGACAUGGUUGCCACACUCCCGAACACGGCCUACAAAAUACAGUCCAUCAAUAACUAUUCCUCUAUCCUUCGUGCUGCAAGUGUCGAUCUGCUGGGUCAUCACUUCUUCCAAGGUUCGACACCAGUUUUCAACCUUGACACCACGCCGUCGCAGCAGUACGGGAUCGCAUUCACCAAAGUGCAAAAGAAAGUAGACGCACCAUCCGACUCGGUGCAGGGUGAUAAUGGGGCCGUAGAGUGGCUUUAUCUAUCGACUAUAAGUGGCACCGUUGGAGACUAUAAGAGCGUCUAUCGGGUGAAUACGGCCGGAGGAGCAGCGCCCAAGACAUGUGAGAAUAUGCCGUCGGUUAUUGAAGUUCAGUAUGCGGCAAAUUAUUAUUUCUAUGGGGAAGGAUCGUGAGGGUUAGCCUUUAUAUGGGGGGGUUUGUACAUAGAUUAACAUGAACUUGAUUGGACCUUGUUACUUU